AUGCAAGCGGUCCAGCAUGACGGGCUCGCUGGCCUGCCAGAGCCGCCGGUUCUGGCAGAGGUCUCCUCUCGCGACCUGUCGCUGAAGAGUCCUGUACCCAAGAACGUCGCUUUCGAGCUCCUGCUGGAUGAGAACUCCAAGGUUCGAGCCCGCAUUCCGAUGCGCGUUCAAAUAUACCCCCAUGACACCACAGACUCGAUCGUCACUACGGUCAAAAAUUUCUAUGGGAUCUACGAUGGCACCGCCAGUGGGGUGAGCUUCGAAGAUGAACAUGGGACCACCCUCAUCGCAAGGUACGAGAACUUGAAGAACAACAUGACUGUGUACGUCAGAGUAAUCCCAAUUCAACCGUUUGGGGAUCACUUCUAUGGCGGUUUCUCUGCUGAGCGCAAGCGCCCUAGCCUGGGUGAACCAUUCCAGAUGGCUGAUGGUGUUUCGCCAAUGAUGGAACAACCAUCGCGCCCAUCCUCUCGGCUCGCAAGGAAGCGCAGUACGUCGCCGUCGAAUCGGAGUCUGCGUAGCGCCUCCCAGCACAAGCAGAGUUCUCGCAAUGGCCUGAAAAGCCGGGGCUCCAGUCAUGCCGGGUAUCCAGACGAGGAACCUGGCAUGAGUGACACUGAAUCCACUUACAGUCGCAAGGCCCGCGGCGACACAUUUGCAAGCUCAGAAAUCAGCAUGGAGAACAUACUACAAGAUGGUCGUCGUAAACGUCCCAAGUUCGACAGCUCGGAACUCCCCCUCUUUGCUCCUCCCCAAGUCCCCCUCACCACCUCAACCUCCUCCAUCUCUCCUCAACGCCGAUCGGUUGGUCAGGAAGGUGCUGGCUCACCCUUUGCCCGCCCCACCCACCGCCCAUACAACUACCAGCAAGCGUUGCCGUCGCCGCAAAGCUAUGGUCACAGCGAAUACGGGGCACAAUCGGGUCGCACUCCUGUGUAUGCGACACCGGUCGUCCCUGACCACGCACAUCGCGUACCGUAUAGCAAUUCCGCUCCGCGCAUUAGUGGGAGUGGCAUUUUGCCGACUCCCGAUCCCACCAUCGCAAGCUGCAUCUCGGAUGAGGAUGUCGCAAUGCAGCUGAUCCGUCUAGGUGAUGCGUCCAAUUUCUCCCACGGCCGCACAUCUGCUUCAACGCUUGAUGAUGCCUUUAGCGGCGUUGCUGAUGCCGCAUCAUCGACGGGCGCCACCAGCGACGGUGAGGAAAUGAGUGAGGAUGAGGAUGAUCUUCCUGCUCGUCGCAGACUUGAUUCAAGCCCCAUUCUUCCUCCGGGCCACAUCAAGCGUCAACACAAGCGUCUUGAUGACAUCCUGCCUAGCGCGGAUAGCAGCGACCACAGCUCUGAUGGAAUUGAGGACGGCAUCAAGAGUGAGGGCGAAGACGACAUCUUGUAUAAGGAGUUUGCGCCCAAGGCUAAGAAGCCAAAGAACCGUCCUAUGUCAGCCAAGUCCCGUGCCCCCAAGCCUUUGCCUAAAUUAAACAAGAGUAAAAGCGCUCUUGCUACCGCUCGCAAACCCUCGGACAAGCCUACCUUGGGACCUGUCCCGCCUCUCAGCCCCAGCUCCGCGCGCAAGGUGUCUAAUGGCUCGGUCAACUUCCAGCACCAGCUCGGUGCCGACGAAGAAGAUCUGUCUACUAAGCCCCGAUGCCAACGCUGCCGCAAGAGCAAGAAGGGCUGUGAUCGUCAGCGCCCUUGUGGCCGUUGCAAAGAUGCUGGCAUUGGCAUUGAAGGGUGCAUCAGCGAAGAUGAAGGCAAUGGUCGGAAGGGACGGUAUGGGCGCCACAUGGGCGUUCCAGUCAAGAAGACCUCGGACUCAGCACAGGAAGAAUAUGAGAUACCGCCAAUGCCAGGUACCCCUCUGGAUGAAGUGGCGAUGGAUGACAAGAAUAAGAAGCGCAAGCGCUAG